AUGGCUAUCGGCCCGACACUUGGGACUGGCCUCUUCAUCGGUGCUGGCCAGGCUCUCGCGGUUGGCGGACCCGGAUCGCUACUCCUGUCAUAUAUAAUCCUCUCACUCCUCACCUAUGCGAUGACUGCAAGCGUUGCAGAAGUGUCUGCCCACAUGCCGUCGCACCAUGGAACCUUAGUCACGAAUGGCUACCUCUACCUGUCCAGCAGUGUGGCAUUCGCUUCGACCUACCUCCGAUGGUACACUCUCGCUCUCUUCGUACCGUACGAAACGACAACCGCGAUGGUAAACCUUGGUCUAUGGAAACCAGGGGGGGCCGUUGGCUCCAGAUUGGCCAUCAUCACGGCCAUCAUUAUAGGAAGUAACUUCCUACCAGACAAAACCUUCAAGGCCUCUGAGAGGUUAUUCACUUGGAUCAAGAUCGGGACAAUGGUCACUCUGUUCGUCCUCACUAUCGCUCUAGGACUUGGGGGUGUCGAUGGACACACACCAUGGGGGUUCAAAUACUGGAAAACUCCGGGAGCCAUGAAUGUAUACUUGGUCCGCGGGAUUUGGGGACGAGUCUUGGCCUUCUUCCAGUGUCUGCUUGAUGGCUCCAUUGCUUUCACAUUCGCGCCAGAGCUCAUUGGACACCACGCUGAGCUGUCUCCGAUACUCGGUGGGACGGCCAUGCUGAGUGCGGAAAUCCCUGGCAAAGUCACAGCUGAUGUGCUUCAGACGGUCGUUCCCUACAUCAUGAGCUCCGUGGCAAUGGGAGUCAUGGCUCCAUUCAACGAAACACGUUUGACGAACAAUGGCACAGGCUCCGGUUUUUCACCUUACUUGAUUGGCCUCAAGGACGCCCAAGUUGGGCUUAUACCCACGAUCGCAACCGUUGCGAUCCUGCUCUCGUCGGUGGCCUCUGGGCGAUCUUUCCUGUACCUGUCCUCAAACACAUUGUGUGCCAUGUCAGAGUUUGGCCACGCUCCUCCAAUAUUCUCCUCGCGCAAUCGUUGGGAUGUCCCCUACGUCGCUGUUGCGACCUCCAGUCUGUUUUCCGUUCUUGGCUUCAUAUCCGUCAAGCACUCGAGCUCCAUCACGAACAACUAUCUCCUUCGUCUUGUCUCCAGUGCAGGCUUCAUUUCCUCGCUGGUUUCAUGUGCAGUAUACCGUCAUUUUCGCGGACGCUUGAAGGCGAAUCGAAUCACCUGCCGGCACACCUUCUCUGUGCAACCAUUCGGCACCUAUUUUGGAAUGUUCAUCAGCGCUUUGCUACUGUUGGGCGGUGGUCUGUGGGGGGCGCCCAAAGGCAAAGCGAAUGGGCCCCGCAGUAUGCGAUUUCUCACGUCCUACAUCAACAUUGGGCUUUUCGCCCUCUUGUUCCUGCUGCAUCGAUUCCGAGAUAUCGUGCCUAUUGUCGAGGUUGAGAGGCCAAUUGAGUUGGAUCGGCGACGUUGGGCAGACCGUGAUGAAGCUACGGAGAGCCGGCCCUCGAAGUCGCAAUCACGUCGGCGUACUAAGCUCGAUGCCAUUCCUGAGAAUGUCGGGGCGUUUGAGUUGACCCUUGGUCAGACGUUCGAAGGUGCUUGA